CUCCUCGCCUGCUCCAGAUGUUUGUCCUUCGCGCCUCUCUCCGUCUCCUACCUGCUUCCUCAUCCAUCGCUCGCCCCUCUUUCUCUCUCUUCAAACGCACAAUGGUCUCUACCCCCUCCGUCACCCUCUCCGGCUCCGGCCAGCAGAUGCCCCUCGUCGGCUUCGGCAUCUGGAAAGUUCCCCAGGAAACCUGCGCCGACACCGUCUACAACGCCAUCAAGUCCGGAUACCGUCUCUUCGACGGCGCCCAGGACUACGGCAACGAGAAGGAGGCCGGUGAAGGUGUCCGCCGCGCGAUCGCCGACGGUCUCGUCAAGCGCGAGGAGCUCUUCAUCACCUCCAAGCUCUGGAACACUUACCACUCCAAGGAGCACGUCCUCACCAUGACCAAGAAGUCGCUCGCCGACUGGGGUCUUGACUACUUCGACCUCUGGCUCAUCCACUUCCCCAUCUCGCAAAAGUACGUCGAUCCCGCCGAGCGCUACCCUCCCAACCUCCUCUACGACGUCGACAAGGGAACCAUGGAGUUCGAGGACGUCCCCUUGUCCGAGACCUGGGCUGAGUUUGAGAAGGCCGUCGAGCUCGGAUACGCAAAGAACAUUGGAAUCUCCAACUGCGCCGGUGCUCUCCUCAUCGAUCUCCUCCGCUACGCCAAGAUCCGCCCCUCCGUCCUCCAGAUCGAGCACCACCCCUACCUCACCCAGCCCAAGCUGAUCGCUCUCGCCAAGCAGCAGAACAUCGCCAUCACCGGCUACUCCUCCUUCGGGCCCCAGUCCUUCCUCGAGAUGGGCUCCGAGGCCGCGCUCAAGACCCCCUUGCUCCUCGAGCACGCCCUCAUCUCCUCGAUCGCGACCGCCCACUCCAAGACCCCCGCCCAGGUCAUCCUGCGCUGGGCCACCCAGCGCGGCAUCGCCGUCAUUCCCAAGUCAAACAACCCCAACCGUUUGGCCGAGAACUUGUCGCACACCGACUUUGAUCUCACCCAGGCCGAGCUCGACUCCAUUUCGGCUCUCAACAUCGGCCUUCGCUUCAACGACCCUGCUGACUGGCCCGGCCAGAUCUACAUCUUUGCUUAAUUUAGUUUAUUUUGUAAUUAUUUGUAUAUGUAGUUUGUGAAUACACUUGAUCUUUGCACAAUGCUUUUCGAUCGUAAA